AUGCCCGUGGAAACAACGGAGAGAAACAUCUACGGCGCUAUACGGAUUACCAACAACAAGCCUCGCGACUUCAAAUUGAGCCAGCCGAGCUAUACUAUUGGCAACGAAGAAGCGUCUGCUAUUGUUGAAGAUCUUCUUCAGGAAAUAGGCCCCCUUCAGUUCUUCCGCGCCAGUGAGGAUUCCAGCGUCAAACGAAUGAAAGCAAAGGCACAGUUCGAAUACGAGGAAGAUGCCCGAAAGGCUGUACCCUUCUCUAAAUACAUCAGGCUCACAGUGCAAGCCAUUACUUCAGUGAAGCUCAAGAUAACUACCAACAUUUACGACGUCGUCAAACCGGACAUUAACAAACAGAUUGCUACUUGGACCCAACAGCACAUACGUUUGUAUGUCUACCGAAAUACAGACUAUGGAAAGAGAUAUACCAGUCUUAAGCUCGAAGGCGACAAUGUCGAAGGUCUUUCAAAGGCCAGGGAGACAGAAUUUGGUGUCCUUAUUGUCCGAACCAAUGAGUCACGGCUUCGACUUUACGGACCGACAAAGGCGUUUAGCCAAGUUCAAGACUUCUUAACUACUAUUGUCAAGUCCUACUUGCCAAACGUGCGUGCCAUCGAACUCGACCCUGAAGAAUUUUAG